GUGAGAGGGCGCUCGAGGCUGAUCCAGGCUGCUCUAGGCUGCUGAGGAGCAAGCCCGCAGAGGAGGCGGGGAGGCGGUGGCCCGGCUCGUUCGCUUCCAGGCGCCGUCAAGGGUCCGCUGCCGCGCCUUCUGCGGGUGUGCAGUUCGGUAGCUCUCUGCAGGAGCAACCGCCGUCCGUCCGGGUCCCGGCUGCGGUCCUGAGUCUCUUGCUCCCGCUGACCCCGCGCGCGGGGUAGCCGGCGCCACCCACACCUGUGGAUCGGCCGUCGUCGCGGGUGUCCGCCGACCAGCGUGCGAGGCGCGUCCCCUCAGCCGGGCUCCACGGGCAGAAUGGGGCUCCCGGCGCUCGAGUUCAGCGACUGCUGCCUCGACAGCCCUCACUUCCGAGAGACGCUCAAGUCACACGAAGCGGAGCUGGACAAGACCAACAAAUUCAUCAAGGAGCUCAUCAAGGACGGGAAGUCGCUCAUCAGCGCGCUCAAGAAUUUGUCUUCAGCAAAGCGGAAGUUUGCAGAUUCCUUAAAUGAAUUUAAAUUUCAGUGUAUAGGAGAUGCCGAAACAGACGAUGAGAUGUGUAUAGCAAGAUCUUUGCAAGAAUUUGCCACUGUUCUCAGGAAUCUUGAAGAUGAGCGGAGUCGAAUGAUUGAGAAUGCCAGCGACGUGCUCAUCACACCCUUGGAGAAGUUUCGAAAGGAGCAGAUCGGGGCUGCCAGGGAAGCCAAAAAGAAGUAUGACAAAGAGACAGAGAAGUAUUGUGGCAUCUUAGAAAAGCAUUUGAAUUUGUCUUCCAAAAAGAAGGAGUCCCAGCUACAGGAGGCAGACAGCCAAGUGGACCUGGUUCGGCAACAUUUCUAUGAAGUUUCCCUGGAGUAUGUCUUUAAGGUGCAGGAAGUGCAAGAGAGAAAGAUGUUUGAGUUUGUAGAACCUCUACUGGCCUUCCUGCAAGGACUCUUCACUUUCUAUCACCAUGGUUAUGAGCUGGCCAAGGAUUUUGGUGACUUUAAGACACAGUUGACCAUCAGCAUACAAAAUACAAGAAACCGCUUUGAAGGAACCAGAUCUGAAGUGGAAUCGCUGAUGAAGAAGAUGAAGGAAAACCCCCUUGAGCACAAGACCAUCAGCCCGUACACCAUGGAAGGAUACCUGUAUGUGCAGGAGAAGCGUCACUUCGGAACUUCCUGGGUGAAGCACUACUGUACAUACCAACGGGAUUCCAAACAGAUCACCAUGGUUCCAUUUGACCAAAAGUCAGGAGGAAAGGGGGGAGAAGAUGAGUCUGUCACCCUCAAAUCCUGCACACGACGAAAGACAGACUCCAUUGAGAAGAGGUUCUGCUUUGAUGUGGAAGCAGUGGACAGGCCAGGGGUUAUCACCAUGCAGGCAUUGUCGGAAGAGGACCGUAGGCUCUGGAUGGAAGCCAUGGAUGGCCGGGAACCUGUUUACAAUUCCAACAAAGACAGCCAGAGCGAAGGGACUGCACAAUUGGACAGUAUUGGCUUCAGCAUAAUAAGGAAAUGCAUCCAUGCGGUGGAAACCAGAGGGAUCAAUGAACAGGGACUCUACCGAAUCGUGGGGGUCAACUCCAGAGUGCAGAAGUUGCUGAGUGUCCUGAUGGACCCCAAAGCAGCCUCUGAGACAGAAACCGAUAUCUGUGCUGAAUGGGAGAUAAAGACCGUCACUAGUGCUCUGAAGACCUACCUGAGAAUGCUUCCAGGACCACUCAUGAUGUACCAGUUUCAAAGAAGUUUCAUCAAAGCAGCAAAGCUGGAAAACCAAGAGACUCGUGUCUCUGAGAUCCAUAGCCUUGUCCAUCGGCUCCCAGAGAAGAAUCGGCAGAUGCUGCAGUUGCUCAUGAACCACCUGGCCAAUGUUGCUAACAACCACAAGCAGAAUCUGAUGACAGUGGCAAACCUUGGCGUGGUAUUUGGACCCACCUUGCUGCGACCUCAGGAAGAAACAGUGGCAGCCAUCAUGGACAUCAAGUUUCAGAACAUUGUCAUCGAGAUCUUAAUAGAGAACCAUGAGAAGAUAUUCAACACGGUACCUGAUGUGCCUCUCACCAACGCCCAGCUACACCUGUCCCGGAAGAAAAGCAGCGACUCGAAGCCCCCAUCCUGCAGCGAGAGGCCCCUGACGCUCUUCCAUGCUGUUCCAUCCACAGAAAAACAGGAGCAGAGGAACAGCAUCAUCAACUCCAGUUUGGAAUCAGUCUCCUCGAGUGCAAACAGCAUCCUUAACUCUAGCAGCAGCCUGCAGCCCAAUAUGAAUUCCAGCGACUCAAACCUGGAUGUAGUCAAGCCUACUCGGCCCAAUUCACUCCCCCCGAAUCCAAGCCCAACUUCACCCCUCUCGCCAUCAUGGCCCAUGUUCUCGGCGCCAUCCAGCCCUAUGCCCACCUCAUCCACGUCCAGCGACUCAUCCCCCAUCAGGCCAGAAGAAGCGGUCCAUGAAGACUCCAGCACACCGUUCCGGAAGGCAAAGGCUUUGUAUGCCUGCAAAGCUGAGCAUGACUCUGAGCUCUCAUUCACAGCGGGCACCGUCUUCGAUAAUGUUCAUCCAUCUCAGGAGCCUGGCUGGUUGGAGGGGACUCUGAAUGGAAAGACUGGCCUCAUCCCAGAGAACUACGUGGAGUUCCUCUAACCUCGAGCCCCAGUGGAGCUGCUGAGCUUUACGUGGUUUCCAUGACAACUGCUGCUUCUGGUGUUGUGGGCCACUUUUCAUUGCCACUGAGAAAGCAGGGAGCCUGACUGUUGCUUCCUGCCAACAUGAAUGCAACUGGGAAUGUGUGCCACCAUUCUCCACAAUCAUCUCAGCUUACAGUACAGUGAUGCUGCAAGAACUGCACGUCAGUCAGCAGAGAGGUCAUUGGAUUUUGAUAACCCAGAGGAAGGCUUGCAAAGCUGUCUUCUCAUGAGUGCCCUAGAGAGCCCUGAAUUCAUUUCAACCAUCAUCCAAACCCCCCAGCCUUCUGGGAAGAGGAAGCAGGAUGAGAAUAGUACUAAAGAAAGUGCAGCAUUGCUAAGUUGGAAGAGGCAGGGCAAAGAAACUGGCACAAGGUGCAGGUUGCCUCUACUGCUGUUGCUUAUAGCAGACGCUCUUUCUCACUCCUUCCUUCUCCCAGAGACACAGUGCUGCAGGCAGCUGGGCCUGUCUAUAAGCGCACAGGAUGAAGGGGUUGCCGCACUGUUUAUAUAUGGUCCAAUCUCUCACCAUCUCUUGAGCAGCUGUUGGCCUAUAAUCAGCAGAUUUCAGUCCAGUUCUCUCAUGCAAAGAAACACACGCCCCUCACGUUCUCUGCUGCUGAAGGCUUCCAUCACUGCCAUCACCUAGUAACCAUAGCAACCCAGCCUACUCUAAAACUAAGCCAAAAAUAAUACUCCUCUUUGUAUGGUAUGUCACCCCCUUCUCCCAGCUCUGAUGGUGUUGUUGUUGUUGUUGUUUUCUUUUGGAAUAGUCUUCCAACAAUCUGAAGCAGAAGAUUAGACCAUUAGGACGGUCUAUCUAGGGCAGACAGCUCCUUAUAAUCUUUUGUUACUGAGGUCCUAUAGAUUUUAGAGAUGAUUCUUGGGCCAAACCUGUAGUCUGAUUUUAAAAGGACAUCUAUAUCACUGCCACCCAGAAAAAAAGAGGGAAUCGUUAACUAGGAUAGGCCAUUAAGAAUCUAUAGGACACCAAAUGUUGAGGCCUGGAGGCUAGGCUGGGUUCCUUCGAAGAGAAGGGGUUCUGGUUAAAAGGGUCCAGGUCUUAACUGUCUUAUAUGGGAGACCACCUGAAUGAGGAUCACAUGACCUCAAAAGAACACGGUCGUGGUAUCUUAGCACUCGAAUGCCCUUGCUAGAGGGACUCUGGACAAACUGUCACACUCUCCAGGAGUCUCUCUGAUGACAAUGUUGCACCAGAGAGUAUCUCUGGCUCCUGGAAUCCCCUUGGGGUUCUUUAAUGAAGAAAAGAAAAACUUGAAUUGUGUUGAAUUACUGAAUCUUCUGUUUUUUUUUUUUAAAGAUAAGCUUGUAAAUAGAAUGAUUUGAAGUACUAUAUGGUAAAGUUUUAUAUUUGAUACCCUUUAAGCUAGUUGUUCCAUACAUUUAGUGUUUCAAUUGCUGAACAGAUGUGUUUAAAGUUUGCAAGAGAGGCUGGGUUAAAGAGUCAAGGUCAUGCCCCCUCUCUGACCCAGGGAGAGAAUGUUUCCUCAUGGUUCCCUUUGGUGAGCCUGAAAGGUUGGUUGUCUUCAGUUGUCUUUGUCUAUGUGUGAUGUGAGACUUUGGAGUUCAAAAGAGCAUCUUCAGGCAAUGAAUUUUCAAAGAACUCCCACCCAACAGUAAAGGGACACUCAGGAUUUAAAUAGGUGGGGAGAGGGUGACAUGUUUGUUUUUGUUUGUGUGUUUGUUCUUCUCAGGUGUAUUUCUUGGUACCCCAGGAUGUCCAGACAAAAGGAGAUGAGACAGCUACCCCUCUUUCCCACACCUCCUAGGGUGAUAUAUACAUAAAUAUAGCUAGUUUGUAAAUGUGUCUAUCAGCUCUAAAAACAAAACAAGAAAGCCAGCUGCUGUGUUUCUUGAUCAUUGGUGAACUUUAUUCUCUUCCUGUAGACAUGUUCCUGCACUUCCCUUUCACCUCCAGAUUCCCGGCAGCUCCAGAGUAAAAUAGAAUCCCCAAGAGGGUUGCAGACGGCACUGUUGCAGUUUUUAGAGUGGCUGUAAUGUUAAUAGUUCAUUGUCAUGAUUCAGAAUUGAGUUUAACAGCUCAGGAUUAUACUGUUGCCAACCAAGAACCCAGACAGGAUCAAGGGAGACUUGAACUUUCAGUCAGGUGAACACAGGAUUCCAAACUGCCAUUGCUGGGUGUGAUGGCUCAUACCUGUUCUUAGCACUUGGGAGACAAAGACAAGAGGAUUGCUGAAGUCCUACACCAGCCAGGUGGGAGGUGGGAAGAGGGUUGAAAACUAAAGGAAGAAAUGGAGUACACUCAGGUUCCAGACCUGUUCUUUCUGAGCUUGAGAAAAGGUUGGACAAUGGGGCCCGAAGGGCAUGCAUCCUCAAGUAGGGUUGUUCCUUCCAAAUUGAAAGAGCCCAGCACGAUACUUUUAAUAUAUCUAAUGGUUUAAAUUGUCACCUGCCCCAUAAUAAAUGAAGUAUGCUUACAGUCAGGGCCCAGCACGACUGCUUGGAUACAUAUUCCUUCUCUCCUGAGCUGGCCCUGGUUUGAAGCUGCUCUCUUAGGCUGACCUCCUUCCAGUUUCCCUGAGGCCAUGUGUGGCCUAUGACAGAUGGUUGAUCUGUUUCCCUUUGUCCAGCUAGCCCUCCCUCCUCCUCCUCAGGUAAAAGAACUGGAGAGAUUAAUAUGAACCAAGUGGGAAGGAACUUGAUUAAAAGUGAAAUGUGCCCUUUCUGCUCUCUGAACACCCCUCAGCUCCCCAUGAAUAAGAAAAAUGGGGUAGAUCAUGAGGAAUGAGUUGAUAUUGGAAUGGAAGUUCAUUGAGCAGAGUCCCAAAGAUUUCCCAGGAGCUUUGAGUUUCUCAUAAGGCCCUGGGAUGGGUUGGCUAUGGUUUGAAUUUUGGAGCAUCACGAUGGUUGAGCCUCACUCUUUGAGAUGCAGAGUUCCAUAAAUGAACAAUGCCAUGCCGUGCCAUGAAAUGAGAAGAUAGCUUCUCUCAGAUCCCUGCCCCCAAGCAAGAAAGGUGGGCUUGCUCAACACGGAUGAUAUUCUUUUCUCUCUUUUUUUUUUCAAAAUAAAUGUGUGUGACUGACCCCCAUUCAGUAGAUGCCUCUGUCAUAGUCUUUAGUAUUAGAGCCAGUUUGUAGUAUUUCUAAAGCCAUUAUGUGAACUCUUGUAGAUUCUUUGUUUUUAUAAUGAAGCAGAGAGGAAAUGAGAAGUGAGUACUUGCAACCUGGCACCAGUGGGCUAGAGCCAUGCUGGCUGCUUAGGAGUUACAGACACUUACCCACAACUCCAGACAUGAGUGUGCCAUGCCUGGAUUGUAGAGGGAAAUCCUUCUCAACUGCAUUUUUCUCCUUAAGACAGUAGCAAUCUCACCAAAAGCUGAUUCUCAGUAAUAGAGCUUCCAGAAGCAUCCAUUAUUGAUGCAGUUCACUAAAGAUGGCACGAUCAUCUGGUUUUGGCUGGCUGUAUCUGCUUCCUGAGACAAGGCUGUUUACCUAGCUUCAUAGCCAUGGAGCUUGGGGUACACCAGUGACCAUCCUGGCACCCUGCAUUUGCUCUAGCACCCACUGCUCUUAGUAGACAAGGAAACCAAGCCUCUGCUUAGCUACCUGACUUUCAAAGGAAUGUCCAGGGUAUCUGGGAAGGGAGUUGUCUGCCACCUCCAGCAAAUGUGACAGUGAUCACUUAUGUUGACAGCCCUGCCCCAACAGCCCUUUAAUCAGCCAGGUGCCCCUCACAUCCCAUAAUGGUGUUUGAAAAAUGUCUUUUGUGCUCAAAUAUUUCUGCAGCCAUGCUGAUCUAGUGGUUGUCUGUGAACGUAGCAUCAAAAUGACAACAUCCGAGAGCUGUGAACCUUUCACAGUCCUCCAACAUGCCUGAGACAAAACUCCACCAAGCAAGCGAUGAUUGGCUUUCUCCCUUUUGCUGCACACAGCACUUGUCUAACUUAAAGAGCUUCCACAAGUAGACGGAGACUCCAGAUGUCACUCAGAGGCAGCCCCAUACUCGUGGAAGGAAAGCAUAGAUAUAAAAACACCAGGAUCAGGAAGGAAAAGGUGAGCCACACUGAGGAGCCGUGGAUCUUUAAGGUGGGCUGAGAUACUGUUCUUACUUGGGAGGAAAAGCUAUCACAGAAAAAAAAAUUCCCAACUAAUAAUUUUUCACAAGUUUGUAGAACAUUAUAAUGCAUGACAGAAUGUUUAGAGAGAAAGAACUGAGCAUAGUCCUAACCCACAGAGGGAGAGCCAAGAACUAUCAUGUCAAAAUUCAUAUUAGUGUAGUCAGUGGGGAGCAGAGCAUUGGUAACUCAGUGUCUGAGCAACCUGAAUUAGCUUCAGCCAGACUGAUGUACUCUCUGCCAUCAUGCACACAUGUGUACACACACCCACCAUUCCCAUGGGCUUCUGAGAAACACCAACAAACAGCAUUCUUGGGGUUCAAGAUGCCGGAAUCAGCUUGGUGUCUGUGAAAACAUACAUCUGGUGAUUCUAAAACUUAUGCGUGCAUGUGUCCGUGUGUAUGUGUUCCUGUGUAGCACAAACAUGUAAAGGUGCAGCCUUGGGUAUAGACACACAUGAGCUGGCACCUGUAAAGCUUUAACAGCCUUGGAGGGAGCAUGCCAGAGGAACUAGAGACUGUCAGUUUCCUAUCAAAAGAUCAAAGCUACAAACGAGUCAUCAUCUGAAGCCUCUGUUCGUGUUUAUCCCAUCAGUUAUCCACAGCUGUGUUCCUUGGUGACUUAUUAAAAGUCAUGGUAAAAACUCAAACCCAUAAAUUCCCAGUAGCUAAUGCUAGGCUAGUAUUCAAAAGCACUCUAAAAGACAUUUAGUCCAUAUUUUGAGAAAGAAACUAUUUGCAUGUUUAAUUCAUCUUUUAGGCUACCAUUGAGUAUACUGUAAAGUGCUGUGUGGUAUCAAGUCAGUAAAUUACUUAUAAAUGGCACUUUAAUGUUUUCUUUUGAGAAAUCAUAAAAACACUGUUGUAAAUUUCAGUAUUGAAUAUUGACUGGUACAUAGAAUCAAAUUCUGUAAUUAAAAAGUAACCUGCAGCUAGGAUAGAAUAUUUUUCUUGUUAUUAGAGGAAAAAAAUGUUUUGCCAUGUCAAGGCUUUUAAAAAAUGUGUUUCUGUGCCAUUGUGCAUAUCUAUAAAGAAAAUACAAUUUCUUGUCAGGCACCUCUGAAACCUGGCUUUUUAAAUGUUUGGUUCCUGUCUGUGGCAAUCCCUAUAAAGUGAGUGGAAGUAUGAUUUUGAAUUAAAUGACUUUUCCAUUUGA